GAAGGACACAGCAUCAUGUUCUGCACAGCUCUCAACUACAUUUGUAUGCGUAUUCUUGGGGAAGAACCUGAUGGUGGCCAAGACAAUGCUUGUACAAGAGCUAGAAAGUGGAUUCUUGAUCAUGGCAGUGUUACCCACAUCCCCUCUUGGGGUAAAACUUGGCUUUCGAUACUUGGUGUGUUUGAGUGGUCCGGAAGCAACCCAAUGCCCCCAGAGUUUUGGAUUCUGCCUUCAUUUCUUCCUAUGCAUCCAGCAAAAAUGUGGUGCUACUGUAGGAUGGUUUACAUGCCUAUGUCAUAUUUAUAUGGGAAAAGAUUUGUUGGUCCAAUCACACCUCUCAUACUACAAUUAAGGGAAGAACUCUAUGCUCAACCUUAUGACAAAAUUAACUGGAAGGGAGUGCGUCAUUACUGUGCUAAAGAGGACAUCUACUUCCCUCAUCCUUGGAUACAGGACUUUCUAUGGGAUUGUCUGUACAUAUGUACAGAGCCACUUCUUACUCGCUGGCCAUUUAACAAGUUGAUCAGGGAAAGGGCUCUCGAAGUAACAAUGAAGCAUAUUCAUUAUGAAGAUGAAAACAGCAGAUACAUUACCAUUGGAUGUGUCGAAAAGGUGUUAUGCAUGCUGGCUUGUUGGGCUGAAGAUCCAAAUGGUGAUUAUUUUAAAAAGCAUCUUGCCAGGAUACCAGACUAUUUAUGGGUUGCUGAGGAUGGGAUGAAGAUGCAAAGUUUUGGCAGUCAACUAUGGGAUACUGGUUUUGCCGUUCAAGCUUUGCUUGCUUGCAAUCUAACCGAUGAAGUUGCACCCACGCUCGCUAGAGGACAUGAUUUCAUCAAAAAAUCUCAGGUCAAGGACAAUCCAUCAGGUGACUUCAAAAGCAUGCACCGCCACAUUUCCAAAGGAUCGUGGACUUUCUCUGAUCAAGACCAUGGAUGGCAAGUUUCUGAUUCCACUGCAGAUGGUUUAAAGUGUUGCCUGCUUUUAUCGAUGAUGCCACCAGAGAUGGUUGGUGAAAAAAUGGAACCUGAGAGGUUAUAUGAUGCUGUCAAUGUCAUAAUUUCCCUACAGAGUAAGAAUGGUGGUUUAGCGGCCUGGGAACCAGCAGGAGCAGCAGAAUGGUUAGAAUUGUUGAAUCCUGCAGAAUUCUUCGCCGACAUUGUGGUUGAGCAUGAAUAUGUUGAAUGUACUUCAUCUGCAAUUCAGGCGUUAGUUUUGUUUAAGAAGUUGUACCCUGGCCACAGGAAGAAAGAGAUUGAUCAAUUUAUUACCAAUGCAGCACAGUACCUCGAAAAUACACAAAUGGCAGAUGGUUCAUGGUACGGGAAUUGGGGAGUUUGCUUCACAUAUGGUACCUGGUUUGCUCUUGGAGGGUUAACAGCUGCUGGCAAGACUUUCAACAAUUGUGCAGUUAUACGCAAAGCUAUAAGUUUUUUACUCACAAUCCAGAAAGAGAACGGUGGUUGGGGAGAGAGCUACCUUUCAUGUCCAAAAAAGGAGUAUGUUCCUCUUGAAGGAAACCGAUCAAAUUUAGUACACACAGCUUGGGCUAUGAUGGGUUUAAUUCAUGCAGGACAGGCGGAAAGAGACCCCACACCUCUUCAUCGUGCAGCAAAGUUGAUAAUCAAUUCAAAGAUGGAAAAUGGUGAUUUUCCUCAGCAGGAAAUCACUGGAGUGAUCAUGAAGAACUGCAUGCUACAUUAUGCAGCUUAUAGAAACAUCCACCCACUGUGGGCUCUUGCAGAAUACCGCAAGCGGGUUCCAUUGCCUUCCAAAGCCUAAUUAGGCAUUCU